GCUACCAAAAUGAAGAUCCUACCAUUUAUAUCCUGUCUCUUCCUAGCGUGCACUGCCGCACCUAGCACUAGUAAAACAGUCAUCGUGACAGAAAACUUCUUCAAAGAGGAAUACAUCAUCUACACCAGCGAACACGACAUCGUGAAAAUAUACGUCCCCUUCAACAAAUUAAACUUCCAAAAUGAUGGGCCAAAUACAAUGUUUUUUGUAGAAGCUGAAAUCAAUAACAGUGAACCAAAAGAUAAAGGAUUAUACGUUUUCAAAGACGGUAAAGCUACUAAAGUACUAGACAAUGGCAGAGACGCCGUAGCUACUAAUGAAAAUGUAAUUUAUUUCGGAGCUAAUGAUGGCAUUUACAAAUAUAAUGAGGCUGAUAAUAGUGCUGCGAAACAUGGCACUGUUACUGAUAAUAUUAUUCAACUAGCGCAUAACAAAGUGACAAAUACUGUUUACUAUUUAACUGCAAACCAUGAAGUGUUCAAGCUUAAUAAUGAAGCAACUAAUAGCGUUAAAGUAGCACCCGUCAAAGAUGUACAAGCUUUUGUGUUCGGUUUUGAAGGAAACAUGUAUUACUUAGAUUCUAAAAAGAACGUGUAUGUAUUUAACGAUGCAGAUAACACUGAACCUAAGAAAGUAGUAGGUUUACCGUCUCAAAUUAAUAAACUCACGCUAAUUGCACCCCUAAACGGCAUGGAAAAAGGAUCAGUUUUGCUUGUAGAUAAGACAAUAUACGUUGUCAAGCCAGAUGCUACUAUUAGUAGAGAACUCAGACCAACAACUGAAGUCAGCUUGGAAGUAGAACUGACUGCCUUCGGACCGCAACCAACUAUGAUCCAAUUUUACGCUAAAGACAAAAAACUGUAUGAAUUUAAUUUUUUCACUAUUAUGAAACAGCACAAGGAAUAUUUUGAAGACUUUUAA